GGCAGUAGUAGGUCGUAUCCGGCAACCACAAUAUGGACAAGCGAGCUGUUGUCCACGCUUACCGCCAUCUAUACCGGCAAGGUCUCAAAGCGCUUCAUUAUUCGGUACCUGCACGACAUGUCUUGCUCAAGACCUUGCGAUCCGGAUUCCGUUCAUCUUCGCCAAAUGAUUUUGAUUUACAAAGGAUCGCAAACACUAUGCGCUUUCUCCAGCAAGCAACUGAUGUCGCAGGCCUCGAGCACAAGAUUUUGAAGAAUUUGAUGACCAUUAGGUAUUGGGAACAACCGCAAGUGAGGAAAAAUGCUCGAGUCCUGAAAGGUAUAGGGAUCGAAGGAAGCGAAGCCCAUGCCCGAAAAGAUGCCAAUGAAGAAUUUGAGUUGACGCUCAUGCUUCUGAAUGAAAGCCUAGGAACAUGUCUAAGGUGACAGAUGACGUUCAGGAACACUCACGACUUUUUUCCUCAUUCAUCACCCGCGAGUUAUUCAGACCGUGGUGACUACAUUUUUCCGAAAAGCACAACUGGAAUUGUAUGGAGACUGGCAUACAUACGCCCAGGGAUGAGUUUUUCAAUCUGCUUCUGUUCGGAGCCAGCAUUGGAUUCCACUAUACCGAUUCCGGCUGGGUGAUGUUUAAUAGCUCCUCAAGUAGAUCAGAAGGGAAGAUCACACUCGACAAUUAAGCCGUACAACACCAAUUGAAUACGGAGUGCGUACGCUUGAAUGGGAGACCUGGGAACAAAGAUAGAACAACUAUUUUUACCAAGACAGGAACGACCGGAUAUGAUACAAUGCACCUUCCAGCAUAGUUAUGAACAUUUACUGCGCACACACUAUAUUGUAACUAUCGAGCUAUUUUCAUCAGCCAAACAAUAGUAGC